CUUUAUUCUGAUGUAUAAUUGUCCACAGCACUUGGAUUAGUGAGCGAAAUACAAAAAAAUGGAGAACGUAACAAUCACUGAUGCGAUUGUCAAGGAUCUUCGCUUUCCAACUUCACUAAAUGCCGACGGAACCGAUGCUAUGCAUACGGACCCCAAUUACUCCUGUGCCUACGUCAUUAUUACCACUAACACAGGAUUCGAAGGACACGGUAUGACUUUUACCCUGGGCAGGGGAACAGAAGUUGUCACUCAGGCAUGCAAAUCAUUAUUCAGACUAGUCAAGAAUAGGAAUGUGAAAGAAAUUUAUUCUGAUUUCGCAUCAUUCUGGAGAGCAUUAACAAGCGAUUCCCAAAUGAGAUGGAUUGGACCCGAGAAAGGUGUCAGCCAUUUGGCGACAGCAGCUAUUAUAAAUGCUCUCUGGGAUUUGUGGGCCAGGAUUGAAGGAAAGCCUUUGUGGAAGCUGCUCGUGGAUUUGACCCCAGAGGAAUUGGUCUCCACUAUUGAUUUUCGGUACAUCACUGACGUUAUUACAAAAGAGGAAGCGGUAGCAAUUCUGAAGAGUAAAGCACAGGGCAAAGAAGAAAGGGAAAAAGUAUUAUUGAAAAAGGGAUAUCCAGCUUACACUACUCAAGUCGGGUGGAUGGGCUACUCAGAUGCAAAGGUCAAAGACCUCUGCAAGAAAUACCUCGAGCUUGGUUUCACGGCUUUCAAAGCUAAAGUCGGAAUCAAUUUAGAAGAAGACAUAAAAAGGUGUCGUCUAAUCAGGGAAGUAAUCGGCUAUGAAAACAAGCUGAUGGUAGAUGCAAAUCAAGUUUGGGAAGUCGAGGAGGCAAUUGCUUGGGUCAAGCGACUCGCCGAAUUCAAAAUCACCUGGAUCGAGGAGCCGACUUCUCCCGACGAUGUCUUAGGACACGCUAGGAUCGCCGCAGAGUUGGAACCUUAUGGUAUAGGCGUGGCGACUGGGGAAAUGUGCGCAAAUCGAAUUAUGUUCAAGCAGCUACUUCAGGCUAGGGCGAUCAAGUACUGCCAGAUUGAUUCGGCUAGAAUAGGAGGCGUGAACGAGAUCCUGUCAGUCUACUUUAUGGCGCUAAAGCUUGGCGUGCCGGUGUGUCCCCAUGCUGGAGGUGUAGGUUUAUGUGAAAUGGUUCAGCACCUACAAAUGUGGGAUUUUAUUGCGUUGAGCGGAACCAGCGAAAACCGAGUUAUUGAAUACGUUGAUCAGCAGCACGAGCACUUUGAGGAUCCUACGAAUGUCCAGAAUGCUCAUUACAUGCCACCAACUGCUCCUGGCUACUCGACUAAAUUCAAGAAGCAAAGCGUUGCUGAAUACGAGUAUCCAACGGGUAUCGAGUGGCAGCGCAUGUUUAAGGAAGGAAUCUUUCCCGAACCAGUUGAUUGAAAUUUAGAGAAAACUGUUCAUGUUCACUCCUGUCCAAUUUAGAUAUAUUUUAUACCUACAUAAAUAUCUGUGUACUCAAAGAUUGAAUUCUUUUACCGAGAUUUUUAAUAAUUAUUUGUGAUCAAGAUAAGUCCUUAACGAAAAACUUAUUUAUAGCUGUAUCAAAGUAAUUGUUGAAAAUUCAGUCAAGUUCAGCAUUAAGAUUGUUUUGUAUAACAAUUAGCUACGGUAACUAGCUUUUGCGAUAUUGCGUACAUUUUUCAAUGUCAU